AUGGCAACUCAGAAAUUUUCAAACUUCUCUAUUGACUACAUCUUGGGAGACGCCAGCAAAGAAUCACCUGGAGUGGAUCAUCCAGCAUCUCCUCAGGAUUUCCCAGGGCACUUGAACAAACUGUACCAGGAUGGAUGUAGGGGUUGUUGUGACCACACAGCACUGAUGCUGAACUUUCCAGCUCCAUCAUGGAAUGCAGGAAUGUACAGCUGCUGUGUUCCAGUCUCUUAUUAUCAACCGGCUUACUAUGCAAGUCAACCGUGGCCUUUUGCGGUAUCAGGUUGUGAUACAGCUGAAAAUCAGUGUCAUCAAACUGUACCUCAGAGACAGCGCUGUCGAAUCCGAACGGUUUUCACCGACAACCAGACGGAGCAGCUCGAACGACUCUUCGCAACCACCGACUACCCGAGCGCUGAAACCCGGGCGGAGUUAGCAAAGAACACCGGCCUCAGCGAGGAGACCGUGCGGGUCUGGUUCAAGAACCGACGUGCACGUAGAAAGAGACAGACAACCUGCCCAGACAAAAACACGAGGCGCGCUCCCGAUGAUCAUCCUGAAUCAGAUUAAUUUAUUAUCAACACAGACUCAAUAGCUAUUGUUAAC